UGUCGUCACCUCCAUUGUUUCCAAAACUUGACUGGCAACCACUCCAGGGUGUAGGACGCCUCUUACCUGAUCUCAGCUGGGACAGGCUCCAGUUACCCAACACCCAAAUGAGGACAAGGGCAAUAGAAAAUAGAUGGAUGGAUGGAUGUUGUGUGCCUUUAUUUGCAAUUUACAAUAAUGAUAGUGUUACAAGCCACACCCCCCCCCCACCCCCCACCCCCUCCGACUCCAUUCACACAUUCGUGGCAUCCAGCUCCUCCGUCUGCGCAUGUGCAGUAGCCCAUCGCCAAACCCCAUUGAAUGUAAUAACGGCGCUUUUAAGGGGGAAGAAGAACAAGCGAUUGUUAACCGCAGGUGAUGAGAGCAAAGGGGAUGCGCAAUUCCGCAGCCGGCAUCUUGACAAAGGGGAGAAUUUGAAGACAUAUAUCAGGCUUUUUGUUGUGCCCGUGUGCGUGCGUGUGCGUGUGUGUGUGUGUGUGUGUGUGUGUGUCUGCGUGUGUGCGUGCGUGUGUGCGUGUGUGGAGACAAGGGAUACUGGAGGAACGUCCUGCAGGAUAAGGGCGCGCCUAAAAACCCAACACAUUCAUGUGUCGUGAUUGAUUGUCCUCGGGAAAGAACUGCAUCAAUUUUGGAGCUAAGGAGGCUAAUCCAGGACAGGGGGCCCGUUUUGAAGAUGUGCGCGACAUCAAGAUGGCUGUGACGAUGGAGCUGCGGACACUUUGGAGAGUCCAUGAAAAGUCCUUCCAGACUGCCUGAAGAUGUGGGAGAGAAGGCUGGGAAAAACAUGUUACGGCGAGUUGUGCGACAGAGCAAGUUCCGCCACGUCUUCGGCCAGGCGGUGAGGAACGACCAGUGCUACGACGACAUCCGCGUCUCCCGGGUCACAUGGGACAGCUCCUUCUGCGCCGUCAACCCCAAGUUCGUCGCCAUCAUCAUCGAGGCCAGCGGCGGCGGAGCCUUCCUGGUCCUGCCUUUGCACAAGACGGGCCGUAUCGACAAGGUGUUCCCAACGGUGUGCGGUCACACGGGUCCCGUGCUGGACAUCGACUGGUGUCCUCACAAUGACCUCGUCAUUGCCAGCGGCUCCGAGGACUGCACCGUUAUGGUUUGGCAGAUCCCAGAGAAUGGCCUGGAGUCUCCCCUCUCGGAGGCGGUGGUGGUUCUGGAGGGCCACUCCAAGAGGGUGGGCAUCGUGUCCUGGCACCCCACCGCUCGCAACGUUCUCCUCAGUGCUGGGUGCGAUAACCAGGUGAUCAUCUGGAACGUGGGCACGGGCGAAGCGGUGAUCAACCUGGACGACAUGCAUCCCGACGUGAUCUUUAGCGUUAGCUGGAGCCGCAACGGCAGCCUCCUGUGCACCGCCUGCAAGGACAAAAAGGUCCGCGUGGUGGACCCCCGGAAAAAGAAGAUCGUGGCGGAGAAGGACAAAGCCCACGAGGGAGCUCGGCCAAUGAGAGCGAUCUUCCUCGCAGAUGGAAAGAUCUUCACCACCGGAUUCAGCCGCAUGAGCGAGCGCCAGCUAGCGCUAUGGAAAACCGACAACAUGGAGGAGCCCAUUUGCGUUCAAGAGAUGGACUCCAGCAACGGAGUCCUGCUCCCCUUCUUCGACCCCGACACCAACAUAGUGUACCUGUGUGGAAAGGGCGACAGCAGCAUUCGGUACUUUGAGAUCACGGACGAGGCGCCGUACGUGCACUACCUCAACACCUUCUCCACCAAGGAGCCGCAGAGGGGCAUGGGGUACAUGCCCAAGCGCGGACUCGAUGUCAACAAAUGUGAAAUUGCCAGGUUCUACAAAUUACAGGAGAGAAAAUGUGAGCCAAUCAUCAUGACAGUGCCCCGAAAGUCGGACCUGUUCCAGGACGACCUGUACCCGGACACGGCCGGCGCCGACCCCGCCCUGGAGGCGGAGGAGUGGUUCGCCGGCAAGAACGGCGGCCCGGUCCUCAUCUCGCUCAAGGACGGCUACGUGCCCACCAAGAGCCGAGACCUCAAAGUGGUCAAAGCCAACGUCCUGGAGGGCAAAGCUGCCACCAAGGCCGCCGAAAACGCCGCCAACGUCCACAAGAACGUUUCGUCUCACGCUCCUGCGCAGCCGGCGACACAAAAGAUGGAGGAUAAACUGGAAGAGGUGCUCCGAGAGUUCAAGUGUCUGCGAGACCGCGUCAUCCUUCAGGAUCGGCGCAUCGCCAGACUGGAAGAGCAGGUCGCCAAGGUUGCCAUGUAAGUCCCCCCCCAAGUUCAAAAACACCAACCCCCCUCCCUCGCCCUCCCCCUCCUCCUCUCCCUCGCUGGACCCAAUUUGGCGCCGCCAGGCCAACAUUCCAAAAUGAACUUUUUCCUCCCUUUUCCCACACGUUCCCCCCGUUUCUUCUCUCCACACUCAAGACACACAGGCGGAAAAGAAACAGUCUUACGUUUUGUUUUGGUUUUUUUGUUGUUUUUUUUUUUACAUCAUGUGACGCUUGUGUUCUCAAAGUGUAGCAUCAGUAUUUCUCGUCAUCUUCUGUGUUGCCAAAUAUUACAUUACGAGUUAUUUGUGUGCAGUUUCAUGCACAACUUUUGCAUUUUCUGUCCUGUUGUACGUACAUUCCAGGUAGAAUUU